CUCUCACUGUUUAGAUCCUUUCUAAACCCAACAAUCCAACCAUCCUUCUCCUUCAUUUCUCCUCCCACCCCUGUGUCCCUAUAGUCCGUUUUGCUGUCUGUGUGUGCCAGCAGCCCAAGCAUUGACGUUCACAUAAAUCGAAGCGAGUGCUCACAAUUCUUUGGUUUGUUUGGAGUUUCAAUCAAGCUUUUUUUGCAGUUCUGUCAUCCUAAUCGUCUCUUCUCUGGAAAACUGUGCUCUUGUCUUGUCUUGUGAUUUAGAUGCUACGUUUGACUGCUGGUCGUGUUGGAGGGCUCGUGUCCAAAUGGACAGUGGCUGCAUUCAGCUCUGGAAGUGCAGGGAUGGCCACCCAUGGUCAUGAUGUGGCUGAGAAGGCUGAUAUGUCUCUGCCGAUGUACUGUGACCGUCUGGACACUCCUCUGCCAGACAGACCAUACCGCGAGACCCUCUGUGCUGCAGACACGAGCCUGAAGCAGAAGGAGAAAGGACCGUGGAACAACCUCUCGAAAGAAGAGAAACUUGCCUUGUACAGGAUGACGUUUAACAUGACAUACGCAGAGAUGAAGAGACCAUCCAGUGAGUGGAAAACUGUGUUAGGUGGAAUUUUCUUCUUUAUUGGGCUCACUGGUCUGGUUGUCCUCUGGCAGCGAUUUUAUGUAUAUCCCCCACGUCCACGUACCCUUGAUGAUGAGUGGCAGUCCAUGCAGGUGAAGAGGAUGCUGGAUAUGCGGAUGAACCCUGUGGAAGGUUUCUCAGCUCAAUGGGACUAUGAGAAGGGCCAGUGGAAAUAGAUGAACUCAAUGUAGCUCUAAGCUUCAUACGUCAAAGCUGUAUGUUUUAUCUAACAAUCAACUUAGUCUUCAUAUGAUGUAUGCCCUUUAAAUUUGUUUAUUUGAAUGUUACCCAUUAGGAAACCAUGUAAAUAAAAAUGUAUGUUACCAGAGAAACGACUGUUACAAGGUAGCCUUAUAAAUGUGUAUUUUUCAUUUACUAAGAAAAGAAAACACAAUGAUCACAAGAUUAAAAGCUCUGUGAUUUCAAAUUGGUCUUUAUUUAAAUGAUAUCAGACAAUUUAAAAAAACUCCUAAGACAAACAAUUAAGGGGUGAAGCAAUUUAAAUAAACCCAAAACCUUAAAAAAAUA